GCAAAGCUAUCCAAACUCCAACCAAAACCCCCCUCAAUUCUCUCUCUCUCUCUCUCUCUCAGCAAUGGCAGUCACAGCCGCUCACACUCUGUCAAGGUUACUCUCCUCCCCCAAACCCUUCUCUCUCUCCUCCUCCACCACCGCCACCUCUCUCUUCUCCCCCAAAACCCUCCUCUCCUCUUCCUCCUCUUUCUCUCUCCACCUCAAACUCCGUAACCGCCACACACCCCUCAAAUUCUCCUCCUCCACCACCACCACCACCACCAAAAUCUCCGCCAUCUCCGUCGGCGACAAGCUCCCCGACUCCACCCUCUCCUACUUCGACGACGCCGACGAGCUCCAAACCGUCACCAUCUCCGACCUCACCACCAACAAGAAGGCCAUCCUCUUCGCCGUCCCCGGCGCUUUCACCCCCACUUGCUCCCAAAAACACCUCCCAAGUUUCGUCGAGAAGGCGGCGGAGCUCAAAUCCAAAGGCGUCGACACCAUCGCCUGCGUCUCCGUCAACGAUGCCUUCGUCAUGAAGGCGUGGAAGAAGAAUCUCAAUGUCAGCGACGAUGUGAUGCUUCUCAGCGAUGGCAAUGGGGCUUUCACGAAGGCGAUUGGUUGUGAGCUUGAUUUGAGUGAUAAGCCGAUUGGGCUGGGAGUGAGGUCGAGGAGGUACGCGAUGUUGGUGGAUGAUGGAGUCGUGAAGGUCUUGAAUUUGGAGGAAGGUGGGGCUUUCACGUUCAGUGGUGCUGAGGAUAUGCUUAAGGUGCUUUGAAAUUUUUGAGGUGUGAAUGUUUUUUGAGUUCAAUUUUUCAAGUGACACUGUUUUUGCUUUUAAUAAAUUAGAUCCAAUUUUAGUGCACUUUUUAGGGUUUCUGUAUUGGAAAACAUGAGUCUUGGAAUUGAAUGUGUUUUCUGAUAAAUUAUGUUCUGUGUUUGAAUUUGAGGUAGGGAAAGAAAGAUAUGGAUAUAGAAUUAUAUCUUGUGAAUGAUUGAUUUGUCACAA